UCUAAUAGUUGAGUGAGUGGAGGUGUGUGGAGGCCGGCGGCAGCACAGCUGGUGUCGUCACCUUCAUCACACAAUAUUAACAUCACUCUCUUAAAAUGUUAGAUUUUACCUCACUCCACCUCCUUCUUUCGCUUCUUACGGUGGUUGUGCAGUUUACCAGAAUACAGGGAGGGGCUCUGCAGUUAGACAGUAGCAAUUUUGACAGCAUCAUAGGUAAUAAUGAGCUGGUCUUCAUAAACUUUUAUGCAGACUGGUGUCGUUUUAGUAACAUUUUAGCGCCCACGUGGGAUGAGACUGCUGAUAAAGUUCAAGAAAUUUUCCCAGACAAAGGGCGGGUGGUUAUUGGAAAAGUUGAUUGUGAUACAGAGUGUGAGUAUUCCAUGUAUUUUAUGCUUUGUGCUUAUUAUUGUCUUGGCUGACCCAAGUAUCUCCAG